AUGCCUCGUGCCUCGCGCGCUUCGGCUGCAGCCAAGUUUUGUGUUGAAUUUGUCUCUUUAUUAGUGCAUGGCACUGGAGCACGUCACCGUGUCAAGCCGUGGCCGGUCUCUGCCCACACUGGGAAGUCCAAUCGACUGGUUCUCCCUCCUGAGUCUCCAGAUAAGCAGUUUGUGCUGUUUGUGGGCGACUCGCAUCUGCGUGCGUUGGUUGACCGUUACGUGAGGAUGCCAGACGGUUGCCUUUCGUUUGGGUUCCUGUCUACGCCUGGGGCGUCUGCCGCUGAGCUCCGCACUGAGUUGCUGAACGCAGACAUCCCCAGAACCCCCGACAUCGUUUGCGUGCUGGCUCCAAGCAACAACCUCACGGCGACGCCCGGCAUCGAAGCGGCUGGAGUUGCCUUCGAUGGACUUCUGAGAGCUGCCCGCAGUCGAUGGCCUAAGGUGUUUGUGCUCGAUUUCCCUCCCCGGCUGGCGAGUGAAUUGGCACCGCAACAAUUCCUUCGAGAGGAGUUUCGUCGCGUUGCAGCAAAGAACGAUGUAAAGUACUGCGUCACAGCUGACCGCUUUCCGCUGGACUCACGUGCCUUGUGGAGUCGUGAUGGGAUCCACCUGAGUGACGAUCGGGGGAUGCCGCUUCUCGCGAAGCUGCUGUGGCACUUCUCCUUUCGGCAGCUUCAGUCACCUCUGCCUGUUACACCUCCGCCUGUGUCUCCUCCCAAGUCACCCCCGACUGUGAGACCCUUUGCUACCACCGUGGUUGUGAAGGGAGAGGUUUCACGUCCACGUCCCCUUGACCCCUUCAAGGAAACUGUCGUCGGACGUCGCGGAAAGCGCAGCCAACCUGAGUCCUGGGAUGCGCCUGAGGACUGGGAUCAGUCUUCCGUGCGGAUCCUUCCUCAUGAGGUUUGUGUGCCUCCUCUGGUCCUGAGGGAGUGCUUUGUCGUGCUAAACCCUAUCCGGUUUAGCACUGACAAGUUGGCUGCAAUGGAUCGCAUUGUUCCAUCCAACCUUGACGUCCCCAUGGGGAAUCGCUCAAAGAAACGGAAGGUGGCACAUGGAACCACGGCUGUGGUCUCCAAAGGAAAGAAGGCCCGCCUUGAGGCACUUCAAACUCCAGCAAGGAUUGCUAAACCUUCGAAGCUGGUACCUCCCCCUCGACGUGUGCCAGAAGCUGCUGUACCAGCCACUCUGGAGGGCAGCGUCUUUGUGCCUUCGAGCAAGUUUGCUCAACCGGAGGGGGAUGACCAGACUCUGUGUGUUGAUGAGUGGCCGUUUCUUCAAACAGAGUUUUGUGAGAAGGUGAACCAGCCAACUCCUCGGGUUGUCUCUGGACAGAGAAAACAAGAGGAGCUAACACCUUGGGGGCCAAAAGUUGUGAUGGCCCAGGCUGAUAAACCAACAGCCAAUGAGACCAGCUUCUUGGGAUGUUCAACCAAGAUGCCACACAUUGAGGACCAUGAGCCGUUUGUACCAGCACCUGAGGUCACUGCGAGCAGUCAGCAGCAGAGCCCGCCUGAGGACAAUGGCCAGCUUGAAGAUCCUCAUGUAACACUUGGCAAUCAGAAGGCACCCUGUGAUGUUGCACCUGCCAGAGCUGCUACAUCAAGUCAUGUGACUUAUGACAACCCUGGGUGUCUUCAAGGAUCGUUUGACCAGAGCAGCCACAUAUUCGGGGAAAAUGCAGGUAAGCAGUGUGCUACAAAUGGCAUAGCGGCGAUUAUGACCCACACCACCCAUAGUAUAGAAAUUCCCUUGCAGUAA